AUGUCUUCGUCCGAGUUAGCUUUCACUACAAAAUCCGACACACUCCUAAACUCCGAAAAAUCAAGCGAUAAACAGGAAAAUUUGCGUCAGAAUCGCGGCAAACGAGAGAAAGAUCGUAGUGUCGCUAUAUCAAGGGCGCUCUCGAAGCUUUUGCGGCAUGCAGCCCAUGAUGCUGGUGUUCAGCUUGACAAGGAAGGCUAUGCAAGAUUGGACGACGUCUUAGGGUGGCAGCGGAUCAAGUCUCUCAACGUUACCUACUCGGAUAUACAGAGCGUAGUUAGUGAGAAUGACAAGCAGCGCUUCUCAAUGAAGCUAAACCCGACUCUACCCGAAGAUCCAGAUCCCCAGUCAACAAACUGCUCUAACUGGCUGAUACGAGCCAAUCAGGGACAUAGUAUCCCUGUGGAAUCUUCUUCGCUUUUGACACCUAUUACAAUGGAUUCCGGCAAUGUUCCCGAUGUCAUCAUUCAUGGCACCUACUUUGCUUUUUACAAUUCAAUCAUGGAGACAGGAGGACUUAGUAGGAUGAAUAGAAAACACAUCCAUUUCACCACGGAAUCAGUCGGUGAAAAUCAUCAAAAGGCUAUUAGUGGCAUGAGAAACGAUGCACAAAUUCUUAUUUACGCUGAUAUCAAUAGUAGCCUAGCUGACGGAAUUGAAUGGUGGCUUAGUUCAAAUGGAGUGGCCCUGACAGAAGGAAACGAAUACGGCCUGCUACCCGUCAAAUAUUUUAAAAAGGUCAUUGGGCGUAGAGAAAGAGAGGUGGGGACAUUGUGGGAAAAUGGCAUCGAAGUCUCCAAGUUACCAGAGUCUUUGGCAAGUUGUAAGCCUCCAGUUGGUAAGAAAGCACCAAAUAAGACAGGUUCUCAAAGAAAUAACCAUCAGCGCAAUAUUCCUAAAAAAGACGAUUAA